AUGCCGCAGCCGCCGCCGCCGCUCGCAUCGCCGCUCUGGCGCUCCCUCCGCGCGUACCAAAUCUUCGGCGCCAACACAGAGGUCGGCAAGACGGUCUUUUCGACGCUGCUGGCCAAGGCGGCUGCCAGACGGAGUCCCGGCGCAGUGGCGUUUCUGAAGCCCGUGUCGACGGGGCCGGAUAGUGAAGCUGAUGAUCGUCACAUUACAAGGUUUGCUCCGGACGUCUCCAACAAGACUCUGUUUCAGUAUAAGAUUCCAGUCAGCCCACAUAUUGCAGCUCGCCUCUCCAACAGGACAAUCCCCUCCAAUGAGGCCCUCCUCUUUCAAACCCGCGACUACGCAGCCCAAUGCGCAAACAUUGGCCGCAAAUGGCUCUUUGUCGAAACGGCCGGCGGCGUUCACUCGCCCGGUCCCUCGGGCACAACCCAGGCUGACAUGUACGCGCCCCUUCGACUGCCGGUGGUGCUCGUCGGCGAUUCACGCCUUGGAGGCAUCUCGCAGACCAUCUCGGCGUUUGAGUCGCUUCGGGUGAGGGGCUAUGAUGUCGAGUCGGUGUUGUUGUUCAAGGAGGACAAGUAUCAAAACUAUGAGUACUUGGCAGAGUAUUUCGCGGAGCAUCAUGAUGUGCCCGUCGCUGGCGUUAUCGAACCGCCCGAGAGAAGAUCUAGUCUUGAGGAGGACGUCAGAGUCAUGUCGCAGUAUUACGAGGAGCAGUCUCAGCACAAGGACACGAGCGGCGUCAUUUCUCACCUGGAGAGCCGUCACGAGCAGCGCAUCGACCAACUCAACUCCAUGGCCACCGAGGCUCUGCGUAACAUCUGGUACCCCUUUACGCAGCAGAGCCUCCUCUCCCCCAAGGACAUUAAUGUCAUUGAUUCCGCCCACGGUGACUACUUCCAGACAUUGACGCCUUCUUCCGCGACGCCCUCACAGUCGGACAGCAGCAGCAGCAGCAGCAGCAGCAACCUCCUCCGGGCUUCCUUCGACGGCUCUGCCUCAUGGUGGACGCAAGGCCUCGGCCACGCCAACCCCAAGCUGACCCUCGCAGCCGCCUACGCCGCCGGCCGCUACGGCCACGUCAUGUUCGCCAGCGGAAUCCAUCGUCCCGCAGCAGAGUUGUCCUCGACCCUCCUCAAGGGCAUGCAAAACCCGCGACUCACCCGCGUCUUCUUCUCCGACAACGGCAGCACGGGCAUCGAAGUCGCUCUCAAGAUGGGCCUCCGGGCGGCCAAGCUCCGAUAUGGAUGGUCAGCUGAAGAAAAGCUCGGUGUCGUUGGCCUCAAGGGCUCGUACCACGGCGAUACCAUUGGCGCCAUGGACUGUUCGGAGCCCAGUGGGUACAACGAAAAGGUCGAGUGGUAUGACGGCAAGGGGCAUUGGUUCGACUAUCCGACUGUGUUGUGCGUUGACGGCAAGUGGCGUGUGAAUGUGCCUCGGGAGCUGAGAGAGGCUCUGGGCGAGGAUGCGGAUUUCGGGUCGCUGUCGGACAUUUUUGACGUUCAGGGGAGGGAGCAGAAGGGCCAUCACGUUCGCUAUGAGGCCUUUAUCCGCGAGACGCUGGAGAGACUGCAGAAGCAGGGCCGCAGGUUUGGCUCCGUCAUUGUCGAACCGGUCGUUCUCGGUGCCGGAGGCAUGGCGUUGGUGGACCCCCUCUUCCAGCGCGCCCUCGUCAAUGUCGUGCGCAAAUCGCCAGACCUCUUCCGCAAGCCAAACACGUCUUUCGAGUCUCCCAGCAGUCCCACCGCAUGGACCGGUCUCCCCAUCAUCUUUGACGAAGUCUUCACGGGUCUCUACCGUCUCGGCCGCUUCUCGUCGUCUUCUUUCCUCGAGACACAUGCCGACAUUUCUGUCCAUGCGAAGCUUUUGACAGGGGGGCUUGUCCCGCUCUGCACGACGCUGGCUUCGGAGAACAUCUUCCAGACGUUUAGCUCUCAGGACAAGACGGACGCGCUGCUGCAUGGGCACAGCUACACAGCUCAUCCCGUGGGCUGCCAGGUCGCUCUGGAGUCAGUCAAGGAGAUGCUAAAGAUGGACCACGGCGGAUCCUGGAACUGGGCCAAGUCGCAAGGCUGGACAACGACCUCUGGCGAUUCUGUAGCCAGUGAACAGCCUGCAGCUGACGUCUGGUCAACCUGGCCUCGAGAUCUAGUAGAAGAUCUCUCUCGUCAAACCGAUCGCGUCGCGGGGAUCUGGGCGCUGGGCAGCGUUCUCGCCAUCCACUUGAAGGACGCUUCAGGCACGGGAUACUUUAGCGAUGCGGCGCAGAGUGUCCGGGAUGGGCUUAUCGCGGGCGAUGCGGAGGGCGUCAACGGGCCGUGGAAUGUGCAUUGCCGGGUCCUUGGCAAUGUGCUGUAUCUGAUGGCGGGACAGAAGACGACGGAGGAGAGCGUUGCGCGGAUCGGCUCGUUGCUGCGGGAGAGGUUGAAGGAGUGA